AUGCUAGCCAUUUUAACUCGUGUGCAUGCAUACAUACGUCUCCUAUGAUCUUGGAGUUUAUGGGCAUUACAAAGUUUGAAAUUUCGUGCUACAUUUCCUCGUGCCGAAACCGAAAAAAUUGGGCGUUGUACCCCAAGUUUCCAUCGUUUGCCCGCGAUAUUGCCUUUAUCAGACGGCCCAAAAAUCACCCAAAAAAUAUUGAUUGUGAAGCCAAAUCGCGUAUUAAAGCGACUCCGGCGGGGCGCCUCCAGCGGGGCCCCUCACCAGCCGGGGGGCCGAUGGUCGCGGCUGCACUGGUCCCCCGGCGAAGCCACGUGGUCGCGGCUGCGCCGCGACCACGUGGCUUCGCCGCGGGACCGGUGUACUGUUCGGAUGCAGUAUUCAGGAUCCUGGCUGGCUUCGCCAGUACCCAACCCUAAGAAUUGUAGAAUGGUUCGUUGAUGCGUGAAUGACAACAAAGUAAAUGGAAGCUUGAGGCUGUGUAGCAAGGAAAUGGAACGAAAGUCGGCUAGAUUCGAACAGAACAAAAUGUGCAUGUCAUUGCUGCAUGUAUGGUUGAGCAUGAAAUACCUGUUUCCGUACUGACCGUGAGAUUUUCCGGCUCGCUAGGUAAGGGUUGCUGUGCAAGGGCCCGCAAUCUGUGUGCAUCAUUUACAGACCCACAGCCCUUAACGUAUCGCACCAACAUUCGUUUCCUCCAGUAGUGCCAUUAGUGCCACAGCAUGGCUUGUUCUGAGUGUUGGCAACGCGAAAACCAGAGUUUAUAAUGGAAAAAAUAGACCGGGUCUGCUUGACUGUGUAUUCCCCAUUUUGGUCGAAGCUUUCACGGAGGCAAUUAAGUGCGGUGGAAACCCGUGCAAUUGUUGGGAGCUUCCGUCACUUCCACGGAACAACUACAUCCAGGACGCUCAAUAUCUCAACCUGAUGCAAGGACUUGACGGUGGAAAUGCCGAGCGACAUGUACAUGACCAAAAUCUGACAGCUUCUGUGGAAUUGACGGAAUCCAUUGAGCCUCUUCGAAAGUUUCUAAAGCCAUGAAGACGAACCCAUCGACAUCGUUUAUCGCUACAUGGCAGUCCACCCUCCUCCGCAGACCCCAUGCACGGAGUCCACCGUCUCCUCUCCUGCGAGACUCUUGGAUCUACGUGAGGGCACGUGCCAUGCCACCAAGAACAGCGUUCGAAUGU